AUGAAGCAUUAUUGCUUAUUUUUGUUAAUAGUUACUGCUGUUCGUGCCUGGUCGCUUGGCCACGGCAGCAGCGAUUCCAAGGAAGUGGCAAAUAUGGAACCAAAAAUUGACGGUCAACCGCAAUAUUGGGCAUCGGGACAUCGUCCGUAUUUCCGUAUUGGCCGUAGCGCUUACAGAGGUAGAGAACUAUUUGGUAAACGUGGUGGAAGCUCAACAGUUUCACCACAGAAUCGUUACCAAAAUUUGAUGGAAAUUCUGAAUCAGGUACGUGCAAACAAUGGUUUACUGAUGUUGCCAAACGAUGAUACCGAGGUUAAUCGUCUGGUUUCGGAACCAGACUUUUGGGCACGUCUCAACGAGUAUUACUAUUACCUCUAUGGGCCAGAAUCGUUCCAACGUGAGAGACGGCGACGUCGUACACAGCGUGAAUUAUUUGGCUAA